UCCCCGGGUGAUCGCGAUUGGGGAAAGACAGUGGAGCAAAAGAACAACUCAGCCAUUUCGGGGGAAGAAGUUGGACAACAUCGUCUGUUUUAGUCCUAUUUUGCUUUCAACCCAACAGAGAAUAUUUUCGAGGGGGGUGAGUUAAAAUGACCUAUCGCAUUUUACUGAGAACAGUUCGUAGGAAUACGGGCAGUACAUUCCUCUCUUUUCCUUUCCUUUUACUUUCAGGCCCAUCCCUUUGCUCCUUCUGAAACCCUUCUAAGUAGGUGGGCAAAGGGGGGGGGGUUGUGCAACCUAGUUAUGAAUAAUUCAUAAGAUCCGCCCCUUUCGUUGGAUAUCCACGCCCCUCUGAAUCGUGCUGACGCACGUUACGUGUAUCUAGCGACGUAACUGUCCCCGCCCCGGGGCGGGGUGUUGCCUCCAGCACGUGCUGCACCUACUCGCGCAAGCCCAAAAGGGUGUGCGCAGGCGCUGCCCACUAGGGGGAGGAAGGAGGAGGGGUAGGGCGGUUGUUGGGUUUAGAGCCGGGCGGAGACCGCUGAGACUCAUUCCUCAGGAACAAGGGUCGGGUGUCAAGGAGACCUUUUCACACCAGCUCCCCGUCCCCCGCCUACGGUGGGUGGGAUCGCGCGGCAGAGACAAAGGAUAUCAGUAGGGUUGGACAUAGCUGCUGAAGGGAAGUAGGUGGUCAGCUUGGGGUGGUGGGGCUUUUGGGGGUAUUGAGGGGGGGCUUUAUUUAAACUCCCGGAGCCGUUAAGUUGGUUCGUACUCUGAUGCGCGCGCAGCCAGGGUGGUGGCAGAGUGCGCAUGCGUGAUCCUGGGUUGAGAGGAACGCGCCCCACCAGUGCGCGCUCGCGGCCAAGUGGUGGUAAUAGAAGAGAAAGGAGUUGGCGCACGCGCGGUUGAUUCCUUGAGUUGCUCGGGUCUUGCAGGCAUCUUGUUUUGGUCUCGCGGGCGUGUGAGCUCGCUUUGCGGGGAGGCACUUGGGCGCGAGACUAGGCGAUCUGAGCAGAGCUGCGCGCACAUUCAGGAAAGGGGGAGCAGGGUUUAGGAACGGGGGCUAAGCCCCCUGAUCCCCCCUCGUUACUCUCGAUUGGGACGGAAUAAGGGGAGGAAAUGAUCGAGAUGGCGGCAGAGAAGGAGCCGUUUCUGGUGCCGGCCCCGCCGCCGCCGCUCAAAGAUGAGUCCGGCGGAGGGGGCGGCACCGCGGUGCCACCGCGCCGGGAGGCCGCCUCCGGGGAGCUCCGCGACGGGACCGAGCGUGGGUCUGGUCCUCGCGUACACUCGGCUGGUACCCCGGGUUCUGAGGCCGACAGAGAGAGCCCCGGGGCCACGUCCACCCCUCGGAGCGGCCCCCAGGGGCAGUCUCAAGGGGAGGCCCGUUUGUCGGAUCCCCAGGGACGAGCCGCUCCCCCGGACUUGGGGGAGGAGCGACGGGGAGGGGGCGGAACAGAACUGGGCCCCCCUGCUCCUCCUCGACCUCGCAAUGGCUAUCAGCCCCACCGGCCUCCCGGGGGUGGUGGGGGCAAAAGGAGAAAUAGCUGUAACGUUGGGGGAGGUGGUGGAGGCUUCAAACAUCCAGCAUUCAAGAGGCGCAGGCGGGUUAAUUCGGACUGUGACCCUGUGUUACCCUCCAACUUCCUCCUGGGGGGAAAUAUCUUUGAUCCACUGAACCUGAAUAGUCUCCUGGAUGAGGAAGUGAGCCGAGCACUCAAUGCGGAGACCCCUAAGUCAUCCCCACUUCCGGCCAAGGGGCGAGAUCCAGUGGAGAUCCUCAUCCCCAAAGAUAUUACUGACCCGCUCAGUCUCAAUACUUGCACUGAUGAGGCCCAAGUAGUUCUUGCUUCACCACUCAAGACUGGCCGGAAGCGCCAUAGACACCGGGGACAGCACCAUCAGCAGCAGCAACAGCAGCAGACAACCGGAGGGAAUGAUAGCCAGUCUGCACUGCCCACAGCCCCCCUAACUCCCUCACCCCAUGGGGAGGGCACCACACAGCCACAGCGGCCUAGGGGCCAGAACCGGGAGGCCCCGCAACCCUAUGAACUUAACACAGCCAUCAACUGCAGGGAUGAAGUCGUGUCUCCCCUUCCGUCUGCCCUGCAGGGUCCCUCAGGCUCCCUUUCAGCCCCAACUGCCUCAGUUACCUCUGCACCCUCAUCUUCGUCUUCCUCCUCACGGCAUCGAAAACGUCGCAGGACUUCCAGCAAGUCAGAGGCUGGGGCUAGGGGUGGAGGCCAGGGUCCCAAGGAGAAAAGCCGAGGGAGCUGGGGAGGCCGCCACCAGCAGCAUCCACUACCUGCAGCAGUCUUCAAAAACCAACAGCUCAAGUUCCAGUAUGGGAAUUAUACCAAGUACUAUGGGUACCGCAAUCCUUCCUGUGAGGAUGGGCGCCUUCGGGUCUUAAAGCCUGAAUGGUUUCGUGGCCGUGAUGUACUAGAUCUGGGCUGCAAUGUGGGCCAUCUGACCCUGAGUAUUGCCUGCAAGUGGGGUCCAUCACGUAUGGUGGGCCUGGAUAUUGAUGCACGGCUCAUCCACUCUGCCCGCCAAAACAUCCGGCACUACCUGUCAGAGGAGCUGCGUCUCCCACUUCAGACUUCUGAGGGGGGCCCAGGAGCAGAGAGCGAGGAGGGGACCACCACUGUCCGAAAGAGAAGCUGUUUCCCAGCCUCACUGACAGCCACCCGGGGCCCCAUUGCUGCACCUCAAGUGCCCUUGGAUGGAGCAGACACAUCAGUCUUCCCCCACAAUGUUGUCUUCGUCACGGGUAAUUAUGUGCUGGAUCGAGAUGAGCUGGUAGAGGCCCAGUCACCCGAGUAUGAUGUGGUGCUCUGCCUCAGCCUCACCAAGUGGGUGCAUCUGAACUGGGGAGACGAAGGGCUAAAGCGCAUGUUUCGCCGGAUCUACCGCCACCUACGCCCUGGGGGUAUCCUGGUUCUGGAGCCCCAACCCUGGUCAACCUAUUGCAAGAGAAAGACUCUCACGGAAACAAUUUAUAAGAAUUACUAUCGAAUCCAGCUGAAGCCUGAACAAUUCAGUUCCUACCUGACAUCCCCAGAGGUGGGAUUCUCCAGUUAUGAGCUUGUGGCCACACCUCACAAUACCGCCAAAGGCUUCCAGCGUCCUGUGUACCUGUUCCACAAAGGCCGUUCCCCCAGCCACUAAGUGGCCCCCAAGCAGAAAGUAUGAAGAGGCUGUGCACACUGCUGCUCCUGACCUGGGGGAAGAGGAAAGUAUCCCAAGGUCUUUCUGACUACAAAAAUAGUUCCCUUUCUUGGAUCUGCAAAGAAAGCUUUUCUUCUGUUGCUGCCCCAGCCUCCUCCCUAUACCUCUGGCAUUUAAGCAACAAGCCCAGCUGUGCUGGAGUUACCAUCAUCUUCCUCUCCCCCAGCCUGUUGGGCUGGAUGGCAUGGACUGUUUGCUGACCUCUGUUUUCCUAGGGUGUGGGAGGUGGGGGGUAUCAAAUUCUCUAGCCCUUUCCUCCUGUUCUCCCAUGGAGAUUCCCAUUUCUCCUUGGCCCUUGGCCCUAGCUGCAUUUCAGUGGACCACAGGUAGAUGGACUGAGGAGGGGGAAGUAUGGCAGGGAGGCAGGCAGGUACUGUGAAAAUCCUUUCCACUGCUGUCCCCCAUGGAUGGGGGCGGGGGUUGGGUUUUGAAUGUGAGAACAGCACAAUAAACUUGAUGUCUAGGGCAGUGGCCCCACA